GCCGCAGAAGAAACCCUCAUUCUUAGUUGGUUCGUGUCAGGGCGACAGCCAAUAAGCACGAAGAGAGGGCAGUCCCGUACGGACGGAGGCAAGCUGUGAUUGGCUGGGGGCUGAGAAGUGGGAAGGGGGCAAGCCCCAGCGAGAGCGCGAAGACUCGAACUGAGCCUCGCCAGGGCAGCUUUGGCGCUUGCCGUUCGUUUUUCUCUCCCGUCGGUGCCGGCGCCAUGGCAGUGGCGGCGAUGGCAGAGAUUCACUUGGAUGUCCAGGAUCUGAAAUCUCAGGAAACCUCUGACAGUGAUUCAGACAGUGGACAGGGCAGCUGCGAAAUGAGCUCUCCAGCACAGAUAAACAAAGGAGCUGAUGAUGAAGAUUCAGAUGGAGAGAUUUAUGUGAGUAAGAGAGUCAAAUGUAAGAAGGUUCUCUUAGACAGUGACAGUGAAAGAGAAGACCUUGUUCUUGAGAAAUUGGACACUGCAGCUGGAGAUGUGGAAAGCAUGAAGGAAAAUGAUGAUACAUUUGCUGCUAAGGAGAAUAAAUCCAAUGCAAUCUGCCAGGCUCUGCUAGGCAGCAACGACAAUGAUGAGAACAACCUGUUCCAUAAUAAGAACCUUGGAACAGACCCAGAGCUUGGCGUGCGUGAACAUAAGUUGGAGAACUCUGGGGGGAAAAACAAGAGCCAGGGAAUUAAUUGUGUAAAGGAAAUUGAUGGAAAAGAAAAGGGUGUUCCAAGGAAAAGGAGAAAGGAGAAAGAGAAGAAAAUGAAGGCCAUUAGACAGAUGAUAAAGAAGGGAAAAGCACAAGAACCGAAGGACAAUGGUGAUCGGUUUUCUUUCAAUGACAGUGGGUGUCUGCUGGCUGAUAAAGACCUCUUUGAGAAUGGAUUGGAGGAGGGGGAGGAUCCCCUUGUUCAAGAUGAAGAAUCUCUAGAGUUGAUAAAAGCUGCAGGGAAAGAGAAAGUGAAAAAACGGAAGGAGCGAAAGGCAGCCAAGUUAGGUAAGGAAGCCAUCAAACAGCUGCAUAGCGAGACUCAGCGACUUGUCAGAGAAGCUACUGUGCCUCUCCCAUAUCACCUACCAGAAGCCAAAAGUGUCCAUGAAUUCUUCAAGAGCAAACCUCGUCCUGCCUUCCAGGGAAGUGCUAUGGCUUUGCUAAAAUCAACUAAAUAUCAGCCCAGUCUAGAGGAAGAACGUUCUGUUCCAAAGAACCCAGGUACUGACUUUAGUGAGAGUGGGAGAGGACAGCUUUCCCAAUCAGCGGUGGGGGAAUCAGGAGCAGGACUUGAACUGCAAGCUUCAGCCUUUGCAAACCCUACUUCUGCCAGCACAGAUGGAAUGUCUGCUGGAGAAGUGGAAAACGUGACGAAAAAUGGUCUUGAGGAAAAUGGACAGAAUGGUGAUUCCAAAACUGGAUGCCUUAGGGAGGAGUUGAAGUCUGGAAAGCAAGAGAAGCCUAAUCAAAUCCCUGCUGAAUGCAUCAAAUCAGUAGAGAACGAAGUGGAAGAAAACUUACUUGAGCUAACGGAAGACCAAUCCCUGGAAUCGUGUGUAAAGCCCAAAGAUGUUGUACAGCCACAGGGAGUAGCAUUGCUAGCUCCUGGUGAAAAAACAAAGAACUUGAAGCUGGAUCGGCUUCGGAAGCUGGGAGUGGACCUGACCAUCAAGCCUAGACUGUGUUCCAGGGAUGAUUCGUUUAUUAAUCUAGAUGAGCCGGAAUCUAACAGAGAGCUGGAAGCUUUGAAGGAACGUUUUGUGAAGCAUGCCCUUCACACAACCAAGCCAAAACCAGAACGUACGAUGAGCUUGAAUAUUAUUCGUAAAGAGACAACUAACGAGGGCAAGGAGGAGCUGAGAGCAGAUGUGGUGGCAGUGACUUUGGCUGCAGAGACUGUAGAAGGUGCAACCCACACCAAGCCAGGUGAAAAGUUACAAAUGCUUAAGGCUCAACUGCAGGAAGUCAUGAAGCUCCGCAGGAUGGAGGAACGCCAGAAGCGGCAAGCAUUGUUUAAACUGGAUAAUGAGGAUAUGAUGGAAGAGGAGGAGGAGGAAGAGGAGAUGACAGAUGAGUCUGAUGAAGAAGAGGAGGAAGGCAAUCAAGAGACACUAGAGAAUCUUCUUGGUGAGACAGAGGAAGAUAAUGAGGACCUGAAAAAGCAGGGCCAUGCAGAUAGUGACAAAGAAUCUGACAAAGAAUCAGUUGAUGAGGAACGAGCAGCAAAUUUUAGUGCUGUUCCGAAACCUUCCUCCACAGAGUCUACAUUGCUGCUGUUCAAGGACAACUCUUCAAAAACAGGGUGUUCUCUUCCAGGUGAAAAAGCUGAGAUGGAAGAAACUGUGGGCAGAAAACAAAACAAGCCAGAAGAUGAAGAUUCAUGUCUACUGCCAAACUUGGCAAAGGAAAACAGCCACAACAGCAGCUUUGAGCUGAUUGGUUCCAUGAUUCCCUCCUAUCAGCCUUGUAAUAAGCAAGUGGCACGUGGGGGCAACUUUCUGUCUGCCAUUGGAGUCGUCCGCUCUCCUUCUCCUGGCUUUUUCAAAACAAGCUUUAUCAGUUCUGCUUCUAAGAGUUCAGGAAAGGCAUCCGAGCCUUCCCUACCUAUAGACGAUUCCCAAGAUCUCUACAACACUACCCCUGAAGAGAAAAGCCCAAUCACAACAGCUGGGAGGUUCCAGUUUCAAUUCUCCCUUGAAGAUGACACCCAGAGUCAGUUGCUCGACGCAGAUGGGUUUUUGAAUGUUGGCCAUCACCGGAACAAAUAUCAGUCACCCAAGGAUCGCCUACCUUUGGCUAGCAUGGAUGAGAAUGCAAUGGACGCCAAUAUGGAUGAGCUCUUGGAUCUGUGUUCCGGCCAGUUUGCCUCCCAGAACAAGCAUCCACCCAACACUUACAGUGGCAAGAAGCGAAACAUGGAGGAGCUGCUUGGCCUUUGCUCUGGAAAGUUUACAUCUCAGAAUUCUCCCAUUUGCGACUCUUCAGCAACCCCUAAACUGGAAAAAGAGAGCAGCACUGAUGAUCCAAUGGCUGAGGCAGUGGCUCUUUGUUCUGGCUCUUUUUCAACUGACAGGGAAGUGGAGGAGAAGUAUGAAGAAGAAGAAUUUGGAGAUUUCCAGCUCUUAACAGAUGACCACUCCUUUGAUAGCGAAGAAGAUGAAAAGAACAAAGGAGAAGAGGAGAAGGAGGAAGAGGAAGAAGAGAAUGAUCAGGAAGAAGAAGAGGGUGAUGAUGAAUUAGACGAUGAUGAAGAGGAAAUGUUGAGACGAAGAGAAGGAAUGAAGAAGAAAUUCAAGUUGCAGGACUUCAUGGAAGAUGAGGCCGAGCUGUCAGGAAGUGAGGUGGGAAGUGAGGACGAAUAUGAUGGCGAGGAUCUUGAUGAGUAUGAAGAAGAAGUCCUUGACGAGGUCCUUCCUACAGACGGGGAACUCCAGGACCAAGUCAACAAAAUACACAUGAAGGUGAUGCUGGACGAUGACAAACGGCAGCUGCGCUUGUAUCAGGAGAGAUAUCUUGCUGAUGGGGACCUGCACAGUGAUGGCCCUGGGAGAAUGAGGAAGUUCAGGUGGAAGAACAUAGAUGAUGCUUCUCAGUUGGAUAUGUUUGACAAUGAUGUGGACAAUGAUGAUGAGAAUGAAGAUCAUCUCGAUGAGACAGAGGCCAAGUGGAGGAAGGAACGCUUUGAGCGGGAGCGGUGGCUUCGGGAACAGUCUGAGAAAGGGGAAGAGGAGGAUAUUAAUGAAAGCAGCCAGUUCAUGAAACUGGCAAAGAAAGUCACUGUCAAGUCCUUACAAAAGAAAGCAACCUCUGCUAUACAGGAAACUAAAUUGCUACCCAGAAAUCCAUUUGAAACGUUCUGUCCUGCCAGCAAACCACAGUUGAAAACUGGAUCGUUGCUGAAUCGGCCCAAAGCAGUCCUACAGAAACUGUCAGCCAUGUCAGACCUCAACCCGAAUGCCCCCAGGAACUCACGAAAUUUCAUUUUCCAGACACUCUCCCCAGUUAAGAGCGAGGAAACGAGGAAGAAGUCCAAACCCCAGGUCAAGAAAAGAGCUCCUGUCACCACUGCAGCACCUUCUCCCAAACGGCCACGGCAUGAUAGCAUUCAAGAAACUCGGAGUAUAUUCCAGUACUUGGAGCGAUAAAAGAUGGCAAUGGAUAGCGCUAGUUGCUGUGGGCCUGUUCCUGUUCCAGCUGCUGUCUAUGCUAUGCAGACAUCUCCAGGCAAGGAAGUGAUGCUACUCUGUGUAGUCUGGUACCAUUUGGAAAAUAGAUGCCUUGAACAUCCUAUGCCGGGGCUCAUCGCUUCAGCUGAAUUCUCGCUUCUUGGGUACAAAUAAGAGAGCAGGUGAAAGGGUUUGCUCUACCUGUUGGAUGCAGCUCCAGCUGGAGUACUAAUUGAACCUGCACUUCUCUGUAUUGGUCUCCUCUUCAACUUAUUUAGUCUGUGUUGCAUUCCCAUGAAGGGCUCCAGGUUGAGCAGGCCAGUCAUUAAAGGCUGUUUUUUCAUGCUUUUUUCUUUUUAGUAAUCACUAUGAAGGCUGAAUAUCUCUUUCCCCACUUGUUUCCCCAGUUAAUAAUAAUAUGUAUCUCAGAAGGUUCUAGGCACCUUGACAUAUAUCUCAGAAAGUUGUAGAUUAUUUUCAAAUUGAGUUUUUUUUACUUUUCUAAAGGCAAUUUUGUAGUAGAACAGGAUAAAUACAUACUACUUCUGUUCCUCCACCUCAUUUUCAUGGCCAACUGCCCCGUCUCCCCCCCCUCAACUUUAAAAAACAAACAAACCUUGAAUUUGCAUUGAGGAAGAAAACUGAGGCAGGGAAUAUCCUCUUAUCACAACUGCCCUUCCUUUUCAGUCUUCCAUAACUUUACUUGGACACUUUAAAGCUUUUAAAAUGAAUAAUAGAGGACUGGCAAAUAUAAAAAAGGGAUAUUGUUUACAGCUACAUUCAGUUUUGAGGCCGCAUUUGAAAGCUGGAAGGUGAAUGGAAUAAUGCAACAUGUUUAUGGCUACAUUUAGAAAGUGUUGCACCAAAGACAUGGUUCAGCAGCAUCCUGCCUGACGAGUAAUCCUGAUUUGUAAAUCUAUUCUGUAAGAGUGUGUGUGUGUGAGACUAAGUAUUGUGCAAACAAAAAUAAUGGGUGUGUAUGAUGUCUAUAAAAGGAUGUGAUGCUUUGCAGAUUUUCCUAAUAAACAAGUGUUUUUAAAAUAUA